UCCCUCCCCAGUCUCCAGUCCAAAAAAAAAGAUUUUUAAAAAUCCAAGAAACCAAAAACAAAAAAUAAUUGACAACCCUCCCCACUGGCACUGCCAUUGAUAAUAGCUGUACCAGUACUAAUGUUAUUUUAUAUGUGUAUUCAUUCAAAAUGAAAUAAUCACUUGUCCUUUGGUAAAAUAACUCUUAGCGCGAGAGACCCUUCAAUUAUAGUAAGUAGAUAAAUUAUCACCCUACAAAAAGGGCAUUCUCCUCCUCUUUUCCUCAUCACACCACCGAACAUCUCUUCCUUUCUCUCUCUCUCUGCUCGGCUCUGCUCAGGUAGACAAAUGGCAUCUUACCAGCAAUGGACGCUGUUGCUAGGACUGGUGUGUAUGAUGAUCUCUGGAAUAAUGGCAGCUCCCCCAAGGAAGCCUUUAGAUGUGCCAUUUGGUAGAAACUAUGCUCCCACAUGGGCUUUUGAUCACAUUAAAUACUCCCCUGGUGAGACGGAGAUAAAGCUAGUAUUGGACAAAUACACAGGUACUGGCUUCCAAUCUAAAGGGUCCUACUUGUUCGGCCACUUCAGUAUGAAAAUGAAACUCGUCCCCGGAGACUCCGCCGGAACAGUGACUGCUUUCUAUUUAUCUUCACAAAACUCGGAGCAUGAUGAGAUAGACUUCGAGUUCUUGGGAAACAGAUCAGGGCAGCCCUACAUUGUACAGACCAAUGUGUUCACGGGAGGGAAGGGAGACAGAGAGCAAAGGAUUUACCUUUGGUUCGACCCCACCAUAAAUUACCACUCCUACUCCGUCCUCUGGAACUCCUAUCAGAUUGUAUUCCUCGUGGACGACGUACCAAUCAGGGUGUUCAAGAAUUUGCCAAACUUGGGAGUGAAAUUCCCAUUCAACCAACCCAUGAAGAUCUACUCCAGCCUCUGGAACGCCGAUGAUUGGGCCACAAGAGGUGGGCUUGAGAAGACGGACUGGUCCAAGGCCCCAUUCAUCGCGUCUUACAGGGGUUUCCACAUCGACGGGUGCGAGGCGUCGGUCGAAGCCAAGUUCUGCGCUACCCAAGGAAAGAGAUGGUGGGACCAGAAGGACUUUCGAGACCUUGACGCAUAUCAAUACGGAAGGUUGAAGUGGGUCCGUGCUAAAUACACAAUCUACAACUAUUGCACCGAUAGAAAGAGAUACCCAUCUCUCCCACCAGAAUGCAAGCCAGACAGAGACAUAUGAUCCAGGUGAUCACCAUCAUCAUUAUCACCAGACCCAGUGAUUUAUAUAAUAUAUAUUUAUAUAUAUAUUGAAGAAAGAAUCAUGGUUUUUUUUUUUUUGGGUAAAAAAGGUAGAACAUAGUAUUAUUGUUGAUUGUAUACACCAACAUAUCACUCUCAUUGACUCACCAUCUCUCUCUCUCUCUCUCUCUCUAUAUAUAUAUAUAUAUGUGGAUAUUGUAGGCGAGGGUAGGGGUGUUUAAGCGAGUGAUUUAUUGGUGGCCUUUGUCUUCUUCUAUCACAUCUACCAAGUCUAAAAGUGUCAAUCAUCAAUAUCAUUGGGUUAUGAGUUCAGCUGGGAUUCGGUUGAACUUCAAUUAGAUUGUUUACUAAAAAUAUUGUAUCUUAUGUAUUCCUCCAAUCUAUACGUGGACUCAUUAAUUCUUUGUUUCAA